AUGGCUUUACACGUUCCAAAACCACCGGGUUUUACCGGUAUGAUGAAAGAGGGUUCACGAUACUUCAGUGGACUCGAGGAAGCAAUUUACAGAAACAUCACUGCGUGCAAAGAAUUCGCACAGACAUUGCGCACUGCCUAUGGUCCCAAUGGUAUGAACAAAAUGGUAAUCAACCAUUUGGAGAAGUUGUUUGUAACUAGUGAUGCUGGUACGAUUAUGAGAGAGUUGGAUGUUGAGCAUCCCGCGGCUAAGAUUAUGGUGAUGGGGUCCGAGAUGCAGGAAGCCGAGGGUAUCACCACAUCAGAAAUAGUCCUAGGAUACGAAACAGCGUUGGAAGUGUCUUUGGAAUUUUUAAAAUCCCUCGUAGCCUACGAAAUCACGGAUGUCAGAAAUGUCGAGGAGGUUAAAAAAGGUUUGAGGGCUGCAAUAAUGAGUAAACAAUACGGAAACGAAGACUUCCUGGCUGAGCUGAUCAGCGAGGCCUGUGUGUCUAUUUUACCCGAGAAAACUACCUUCAACGUUGACAACGUUAGGGUUUGCAAGAUUUUGGGUGCUGGUUUGCAUACGUCGCGUGUUAUUCAGGGUAUGGUGUUCAAGAGACAAGUCGAAGGCGAUGUCUCCAAACAGCUUAACGCUAAGAUAGCUGUUUAUACUUGCCCUGUUGACAUUACUCCCACCGAAACUAAGGGUACUGUCUUAAUCAAGAGCGCUGCCGAGCUUGUUAACUUCUCACGGGGCGAGGAGUCGCUUCUCGAGUCACAAAUUAAAGCUAUCGUUGACACCGGAGCUAAAGUUAUUGUUUCUGGUGGAAAAAUUGGUGACAUGGCACUUCAUUUUCUCAAUAAGUACAACAUUAUGGUUGUACGCAUUCCAAGUAAAUUUGACAUCAGGCGUCUUUGCAAAGCUGUUAAUGCUACUGCUUUGUCUAAACUGGUUGUAGUAUUCAAAUUAGACAACAAGGAGAGUAGAAUUAGUACCAUAGUCGUACGAGGCUCCACUGAGAAUCACAUGGACGAUAUUGAACGUUGUAUUGACGACGGUGUUAAUACAUUCAAAGGGAUAACUAGGGACGGUAAAUUCAUAGCAGGAGCUGGAGCUGCGGAAAUUGAACUGGCUGCUCACGUUGCCACUUAUGCUGACACCCUUCCUGGUUUGGAUCAAUAUGCUGUCAGGAAAUUCGCUAAUGCGCUUGAAGUUUUCCCCAAAACUCUUGCCGAGAACACCGGAACUCGCGCUUCUGAACUGUUGUCCAAAUUGUAUGCGGCUCACAAGGAAGGAAAGAAGUUCCAUGGUUAUGAUAUCGAGGGAGCUGGAGCAGCAUUAGUAGACGCCGUCGAAGCUGGAAUCUUGGACUCAUACAGAACAAAAGAGUGGGCUUUGAAAUAUGCGGUUAAUGCUGCCUGUACUAUCCUGAAGGUCGAUCAAAUAAUAAUGGCCAAGCGCGCCGGUGGACCUAAAAUGCCACCUCAAGGAGGCGGACACAAUAGCGACGAUGAAUAA